UGGCGCACUCACACUCAAGCGAACAUGCGCCACCAAUUGUUCAUUCCGAUUGACUGAUUAACGGAGAGGUAGCAUGACGAUAAUAGUAAUAACGUGAUGAUCGAUCGGCGUUUUCGGACACGCAUGAGCGAGCGGAUGUGGCAUCAGACGACGGGCUGAGUGAGGUCGGGCUGCCGUGGACAGCGACGCUAUUGCAGGCUGCGGCGCACGUCGGGCGCACAACACAGCCGGGCUCCGACAUGGCUCAAGAACUGGGCGCACACAUGACGGAGGAAACCGAGUGCAUGAUCGACAGAGACGCGGGGAGGAAACCGGGAAGCGGGCAAUGUUCCGGGAACGUGAAAGAGAUGCGGGCGGUGAUGUUGUCAGGCUUCGGAGGGCUCAACAAACUCCGAGUGACCAAGAAGCUGAUGCCCGAGCCUCAGCGUGGUGAAGUGAAGAUCCGCGUCAAAGCAUGUGGUUUAAACUUCCUGGAUUUGAUGGUACGUCAAGGGACUAUUGAUAGUCCUCCUAAACCUCCUCUUGUUCCUGGCUUCGAAUGCUGUGGGAUCGUGGAGUCCGUGGGUGAAAACACAGAAAGGUUUGAGAUAGGAGACCGAGUUAUGGCUUUUGCCAACUACAACGCCUGGGCAGAAGUCGUCUGCACCCCAGAGGAGUUUGUGUACAAACUGCCAGAUGAAAUGAGUUUUGCAGAGGCCGCAGCGUUCGCGCUGAACUUCGUCGCUGCCUACAUGAUGCUCUUUGAGGUGGCCAACCUCAGAGAGGGAAUGUCGGUGCUGGUGCACUCAGCUGGUGGUGCUGUUGGUCAAGCUGUGGCUCAACUGUGCUCCACCCUACCUAACGUGACCGUCUUCGGGGUCGCUUCCAGUUCGAAACACUCCGCCAUCAGAGAUUCUGUGACUCAUCUCUUUGACAGGAACACUGAUUACAUACAAGAAGUCAAAAAGAUAUCUCCAGAGGGAAUAGACAUUGUGUUGGAUUGUCUAUGUGGGGAAAACACAGGGAAAGGCCUCAGUCUCCUGAAGCCAUUGGGAACGUACAUCCUCUACGGCGCAUCGAACAUGGUUACUGGGGAGACAAAGAGUUUGUUCAGCUUUGCAAAAUCUUGGUGGCAGGUGGAGAAGGUGAACCCUAUUAAACUGUAUGAGGAGAACAAAGUCAUGGCAGGAUUUUCGUUGCCCAACCUCCUCUUCAAGCAGGGAAGAUCUGCUUUGGUGGAAUCGGUGAUGGACAAACUCUUGUGCCUCUACAAUCAAGAGAAGAUCAAGCCGGUGGUGGAUUCUCUGUGGGCUCUGGAGGAGGUUAAAGAGGCCAUGCAGAGAAUUCACGACAGAGGCAAUAUUGGAAAACUCAUUCUGGAUGUCGAGAAGUCGCCUACUCCCUUGAUGGCCAGCGACAGUACUGAGACCAGCGAAGCGGGGGAGGAAGAAGAGGAGGCGGAGGGGGACAAUGACAGCAAAGAGCGCAUGCCUUUUAUCCAUUAG